AUGAAUACAGAAACAUACACAACGGUGAAACCACCAACUAAAGCUCUAACAGUUACAUCUUCAAAAGAUGUAACAAUAGAAGAACAACUAGAAAACCCAUUUGAAGAAAUGACAAUCCUCGAACAAUCCCCAACUCCACCACUGUCAUCAUCUUCUUCAACAUUCAACAUCAUCCAAACAGUAUCCUCCAAUAAAUAUGGUAUAUCCGCAAUUCUUGCCGGAUUUCUCUGUAAUUUCAUGGUAUUCGGGAUCGGAUUCUCCUAUGGUGUCUUUCAAGAAUUUUAUGGAUCACCCGAAGGGCCAUUGCAUGAUUAUUCUGAUGCUCAGAUUGCACUUGUCGGGACAGUAAGUACUGCUCUUACAUAUAUUUGUGGUAUUUUCAACAAAACUUUGAUGUUCUAUUUAUCCCCUAGGAAUGUAAUGUUGAUUGGAUGUGUUUUGACUAGUAUUGGGAUUACCAUGACUGGGUUCUGUCAUGCUUAUUAUCAGUUUAUUCUUUGUUCAAUUUUACAAGGUGUAGGUGGGGGGAUAUUAUAUUUACCUCCAGUCGUAUGUGGUCCUGUCUAUUUCGAUAAACAUAGAAGUCUUGCUAGUGGGGUGUUAUUUUCUGGGACCGGGAUGGGGGCAUUUACUUUGGCUAAUUUGAGUACAUAUUUGAUUGGAAAGGUUGGAUGGAAUUGGGCUACUAGGAUAUUAGGAUUAAUGAAUUUAGUUGUAACUUGUAUAGCAAGUUUUAUGGUUUAUGAACCAAAAUUGGCUAAUUUUAAAAGUAAGAAUGCCGCAUUGAUCAAAUUGAGUCAAUUAAAAUCUACAAAGAUCGUCUUACAAUUAGCUGGUUCAUUAUUACAAUCGGCAGGAUAUUUAAUGCCAUUAAUAUUCAUGUCUAAAUAUGCCGUCUCAUUAGGAUAUUCAAGUUCUCAAGGUGCGUUAUUUAUCGGGUUAAGUAAUCUAAUCAAUGCCGUUUCGAAAGUUUUCACCGGCAUGAUAGCUGAUGUCAUUGGAAGAAUGAAUACAUUGAUCAUAUGUAGUAUCAUAUCAGCUAUUGUCAUUUUCGCUCUCUGGUUACCUGCAGUUAAAGAUACAUUCAUAAGUUUGGUUGUAUUGUAUGGUAUUUUUUCCGGGGCCAUAAUAUCAUUAUUACCUCCUUGUUUGAUUGAAAUCUUUGGAAUAGCUCAAUAUACCCAAUUAAGUGGAAUGAUGUAUUUUGUUAGAGGGAUCGGAGUUGUUAUUGGGUCUCCUAUUGGUGCUUUGUUGAUAAAGGGGAAAGGAUCAAACCCUCGAGAUUAUAUGAAUGCUGCAGUCUAUAACGGGGUAUUAUUGACUGGCUCAACUCUUUGUUUGGGAUACCUUUGGGUAUUGGCGUUCAAUGACAAGAAACCAAAAGUAUGGAAGUUGUAA